AUGGCAGUGAUCUGUGAGGCUACCAUUGACGGUUUCACGGGGACCCAAAUUCUUCACGAUAUUCUUCACAUCCAAUUCGGCUGUUUCGAACUGGACAUGAUUGGACCAUUACGAAGCUACACUCCCCCAAAACUGAGGGCGUUCAACGGAUUUCGUAAUAUAGUUGUGGAAGUCUUGCUUGAAGAUGAAUAUGACACUGGUAUGCAGGAGGUCAUAGCAGGGUUCGAGCGGGUCAAACAGGGAAUAAAAGACGCAAUGGAACCCACCUUGGGUCUGCUACGACUCGCAACAUCGAAUACCAAAUUUACCUUGAUGUCCAUCCACGCGAGCACGUGCCAGCAAUUCUCAGAGCCCAGGCUCAGCAAUUGA